GCAGUCUCAUCGAAAGCGUCGAAGCAACCAAAUCGCAUCGAAGACCCGAUAAAUCGGCGGGCUGCUCGUAUAUAUCCAGCUACUUCUUAAAGGCCAGCCAACUACCCACCUAAAAACUAAACCAAAACUAAAACCAGAACUAAAACUAUAACGAAAACUUAAACCAAAUCUAAAACUCAACUAAGUUAACGAACUAAACUAAAAUUGAAGCCAAAGGCUGUUACAACUUUCAGCAUUAUUAGCAAAGUUAGACCAAAAAAAAAAUAGAGGAAAGAAACCCAGACCAAGCAAAAUGAACGACAGUCGACGCAACACGGCCACGGAAUUCAGCUACAUACUGCAGCGCCAGGGCAGCGAUGUGUCGGUUGCCGAGGCUUAUGCAUUCGAUGACUUCAAUAAUAUAAUGAAGAACAACCAUCAGACACAUCAGCAACAGGGCCAGCCGCAACAGCAACAUCAGGGGCAGCAGCAACAUCAGGGGCAACAGCAGCAGCAGCAACAUCGGCAGCCCUCGCAGCAGCAGCAGCAACAACCACAGCAGGAUGCCGGACUGGGGGACACGUUGUCCUCGCUGCCACAGGCCUCGUUCAACUACAUCAACUCCAUCGUGGGCAGCGGCGUCAUUGGCAUACCCUACGCCCUCCACCGCGCCGGAUUCGGCCUAGGAUUGGCCCUCCUCAUCCUGGUGGCCUACAUCACCGACUACUCCCUCAUCCUGAUGGUCAGAUGCGGCCACAUCUGCGGCCGGUUCAGCUAUCCGGGCAUCAUGGAGGCGGCCUACGGCAAGUACGGCUACUACCUGCUCUCCCUCCUGCAGUUCAUGUACCCCUUCCUGGCCAUGAUAUCCUACAACGUGGUGGUGGGCGAUACGCUGUCGAAAGUGCUGGUCCGCUUCUUUCCCUCCUGGGGCGGUUCCAUGGGCGCCGUGCGGCUGGGCGUGGUCUUCUUCGUCAACGUGGGCGUGGUAAUGCCCCUCUGUCUCUAUAAGAACGUCUCCCGACUGGCCCGCGCCAGCUUCAUCAGCCUGGCCUGCGUGGUGUUCAUCCUGUUUGCGGUCAUCAUCAAGCUCAUGUCAGGCGAUUAUAAAGUGACGGACACGGCGGAGUCCUGGCGGUUUGCCAACUCGGAUCUUAUCCCGGCCACAGGAAUUAUGGUCUUUGCUUUCAUGUGCCAUCACAACACCUUCCUCGUUUAUCAAUCGAUGCGCGACGCGACCAUGGAGCGCUGGGAGAAGGUCACCCACAUUUCGAUUGGAUUCGCCUGGACGGUGGCGGCCCUGUUCGGAAUCGCCGGCUACUCCACCUUCCGCGCCCUGUCCCAAGGUGAUCUGCUGGAGAACUAUUGCUGGGAUGACGACCUGAUGAACUUCUCGCGUGUGCUCUUCUCCAUAUCGAUACUGCUGACCUUCCCCAUCGAGUGCUUCGUUUCCCGCGAGAUUGUGCGCGCCCUCGUCCAUCGGUUCGUGCUGAAGGAGCCCAUCAGCGAGUUCACCCAGGACAAGGACCCCAGCCUGGAGAAGGGGGCCAUCAUCGAUGAGUACUCGAAAGCCAUUACCAUGGCCAUCGUGUUCAGCGCCUUCGUCAUCUCGCCCAUGACCGACUGCCUCGGUUCUGUGCUGGAGCUGAAUGGUCUCCUGGCGGCCAUACCCUUGGCCUACAUCCUGCCCGGCCUGGCCUACAUCCAGAUGGAGCCCCAUGCCCUGCUCAGCCGCGAGAAGCUGCCCGCCUUGGGCCUGGUGGUCUUCGGGGCCCUGGUCACCAUCCUGGGGGCGGCGGUCCUGCUGCCAGGACUCAUGGGCGGGGACUGCCGGUCCGAUAUUGUGAUGGGCUACUGUCGGCAGGAGUUCCAGAACUCUACCGCCGAGAACUAAGUGGUUUAAGCAGGGGGGAUACUGGUUGGGAUCGUUUUUUUUUUGUUUUUCAUUUUCUCACCUUGGUUCGAGACUCUUGAGUUGACCCUCAGUUAACACAGCUGCACCUUGUCGCAUCGAAAGAAAAAAUUUGUACCUGAGUCACAGACGUUCAAAGUAUCUGCGUAAGUAAGUUGUGUAGGCACAGUGUUGUAUUGGCUAGUGGAAGGUAGUGUGAUACGGGCGAACCUCAGUACAAAGGCCAGGCAUAUUCUCUGCGAUCGAACAGACCCUUGCAUAUUUGCACCGGAUAGUUAUUUAUUGUAAAACAUUUUGUUGGAUCCCCGUUGUUGAUGUCGAUAUUGUUGAAAGUAGUGAAAGUUCCUCGAUAUAUAUAUGUCUGUAUUGUAUGUACUCUAAAGCCAUUCAAUUGAAAACGAAAAACAAGGAAGUGAAAUAAUAUGAAAUGAAACAAGUGCGAGAGCAAACUAAACCAAAACUAGAACUAGAUGUUAUCCGUAGCUUUAGCGUAGUCUGAAACUAUUUGGGCACCAAUAUACACAUGCAAUCCUUAACGACAACCGACUAAUUCCCAAGUUGAGAAGCAAAUCAAAAUCGAACAAGUAUUAUAUGUACCGAUAACUAUUUGUAACUAUGUAUGUAUAUGUAUAUCUAUGCCCCCGACGUUACCGAAUCAUAUUCCAACGUUUUAUAUAUAUGUAUAUGUAUACAAGGAGUAGGUAAUCGCGCUUCGAACCGAACUAAAAUCAAAUUCUAACCAUCAACACAUCGAUUUGAACAACAGUUUUGAGUUGUUAACAGCACUGAAUUCUAUUUUGAAUUGCGUAUAUUACAGUAUACACCACACACACGAUCGAAUAUUUAUAUAUACUACCUACACACGAAGAUAUAUUUUUGUACAACUCUUGAUUUAUACUGCACGAUAUUAUGUAAAUACAUGUGUAUGCAUUUUUUGGAUGUGAUUAAAGUCUUUACACUCUAUACACUCAAGCUAUCACUUCUUACUUUCUCUUUUUGGGCUGAGAGAUCGGAACCAAGCUGAAGACCCCCUUAACUCUAUAUUCUAAGAGCUUAAACACAACAUAUCAUGGCCAAGGAACACGGGACAUGCCCAGGGCUUUUCUAAGAUACUUUUUACAAGAUUUAACCUAUACACAACGAAACCGGAAGAGGAAACAGAACAGAAACAGCAUACUAUUUCUACAGACUUCUUGUAUAUACACGCUCUAUAGAUCCGCUUGUCGUACGAUAUUUCUCAUGUUCUCAUUCGCCAAAUAUUUUGAUGUCUCUCCCACUCUCUCUCUAUCUCUUUAGCGCUAUACUGAUAUUACAAAAUGUAUAACAUUGAAGUAGUAGGGAAUUAGGGAAGUGUUGAUCGAUUAUAGCCGAUUUGUAAUUAUUAUUAUUGCCGUAUUAUGCAUGUAGCGACAUAUAUAUACAUAUAAUAAAUUGUUUAGAUGGGAUAUAAGCGGAGGAGUAGAGAAGUUUUAAUUUACAACGCAGGCAUAACCCAGAGAUAACCAAAUCCGAUUUCAUUCCAAUAGUACAUAUGUAUAGAUAAGCUAAACCAAAACAAAACAAAAACAAAAGUAUUCUUGAAAUAAUAAA